AUUUUUGGUGCUACGUUCGAUCAAGCAGAUCGAGAGCAGCCAAUGUUGUGUUUUUAGGAUUCGUUGUCUCUAAUCAGGUUCAGCAGGCGAAGAAGCCGUCCGGCGCAUCGGCUAGCGAUAAUGGGGAAGAUAGCGAUAGGUACCGGACGAGAGGCGACUCAGCCGGACUGCAUCCAAGCUCUCACUGUCGAGUUUAUUUGCACUUUCCUCUUCGUUUUCGCCGGAGUCGGCUCCGCCAUGGCAGUCGAUAAGCUCCAGGGAGAUUCUCUGGUCGGCCUGUUCUUCGUGGCCAUGGCUCACGCACUGGUGGUGGCGGUGAUGAUAUCGGCCGGCUUCCGCAUCUCCGGAGGCCACCUCAACCCGGCCGUGACGAUCGGCCUCUGUGCCGGCGGCCACAUCACCGUUGUCCGAUCCAUCCUUUACUGGAUCGAUCAGUGCUUGGCUUCCGCCGCCGCCUGUGCGCUCCUCAAGUAUCUCACAGGAGGAUUGACAACGCCAGUGCACACACUGGCAAGUGGAGUGGACUACACACAAGGCGUGAUCAUGGAGAUCGUGUUGACAUUCUCAUUGCUCUUCACAGUCUACGCCACGAUUGUGGACCCGAAGAAGGGCUUCCUCGAUGGGUUGGGCCCGCUGCUAACUGGGCUUGUGGUUGGGGCCAACAUCAUGGCCGGCGGGGCCUUCUCUGCGGCUUCCAUGAACCCGGCAAGGUCCUUCGGCCCGGCCCUGGUUGCCUGGAACUGGACCGACCACUGGGUUUACUGGGUCGGACCGCUCAUCGGCGGCGGCCUCGCCGGAUUUAUAUACGAUAACUUCUUCAUCGAUAGGUCUCAUGCUCCUCUUCCAAGAGACGAUGAACCUUUCUAGACUUGUAUCUCUUUUGGGUACAUAAAGAAGUGGCUAAUCAUAAGAAUAAUAAUAAUUUCUAUAAUGUAGGGCUUUGGGUAUUAAUUAUGCUAUUAAUUAAUGCUGCUGUAUGUUGAUUUCCUCCCCUUUCAUUUGUAAGUAGUUUUGCGUUAAUGGUUUGUUGAUUGGUCUUCAA